GGGGCUUUGCCGGAUGCAUCUCAAGUGAAAACAUGUAAUAGUAAGCUGUUGAAUUUUGGGCAACGGAGACUCAAAACCGACUGCGAAAAACAGUGAAUCUACAACUCAAAUCUGCAAAAGUUUUUCGCUGAAUCAUCAAACUCUAGUACCCGCUUGAUUGUUGUGAUUUGAUCAAAUCAAAGUCAAGAAAAUGGCACCAGUAUCAGCACUAGCAAAGUACAAGCUGGUGUUCUUGGGUGAUCAAUCCGUCGGCAAAACCAGCAUUAUCACUCGUUUUAUGUAUGAUAAGUUCGAUACCUCUUACCAGGCAACCAUUGGAAUUGACUUCUUGUCAAAGACGAUGUAUCUUGAAGAUCGGACAGUUCGUCUGCAGUUGUGGGAUACCGCUGGACAAGAGAGAUUUAGGAGUCUCAUUCCAAGUUAUAUAAGGGAUUCUUCGGUUGCUGUCAUUACAUAUGAUGUUGCAAGUCGGCAGACUUUUCUUAACACUAUAAAGUGGAUUGAGGAAGUCCGUGCAGAGAGAGGUAGUGACGUUAUCAUUGUUCUGGUUGGAAACAAGACUGACCUUGUGGACAAAAGGCAAGUCUCAGUAGAGGAAGGAGAAACGAGAGCUAGUGAGCUGAAAGUCAUGUUCAUCGAAACAAGUGCUAAAGCUGGGUUCAACAUAAAGGCUUUAUUUCGGAAAAUAGCAGCGGCAUUACCAGGAAUGGAAACACUUUCCUCAACAAAACAUGAAGAAAUGGUUGAUGUGAAUUUGAAGUCUUCAAACAUGACUUCUUCCCAGCCGGAAUCCGGUGGUUGUGCUUGCUGAUACAAAGCCUGUUACUGUUGCUGCUACUGCUUCAACCCGACUCGUGUAAAGUUCCAGAUGCAUGCUAUUCAACUGGUCUGGAACCCCUAUGUUUAUUGGUUUGUUAUACUUGUCAUUUACCAGAAAUGUAUGUAACAAUUUUAUUUUUUUCCACCUUUCAAUCGGUACAUUUGUAAUGGAAGUAGACCCCCUUUGUGAGUUCUUGAGGUUUAGUUUGUCAUGUAUAAAAGGAUUUGCAUAGAAUCGCCAAGAUUUUGAUUCAGUUUUCUAUUGAUCGAUAUACAAUGUGGUUUGAACCUUCUA